AUGCGCUAUACAAUUUUGUUGAGAGAUGAUGAAUUUAUCGCAAGAACAUUUGCGCUUACAUUCUCCAAUAAAGGGUUAGCGAUGGUACAUAUGCUGGACGUGACAUGUUCGUUAACUAGCCAUGGUUCUCACUUGCUUGAUAGCAAGCGGCAUAAGAUACAAACAACUAUAUUCGAUAGCUACUAUCACAGAGCUGCCCGAAUGUGUUUCGACCACACGGUAUUGAAAGAGACUGCAUGGAAGAGUAAUGAGUUGGAAAGAACGUAUCAAGCUGAAUUGCUAAUGGAAUGUGCAAAUAAUUUAGCAAAACCACCUCUCCACUAUCGCGAGAUGUAA